UUCCUCCGCUCACCACGCCGCCAUCUUGACCCUCGCACACACUCCGUGCUAUUUCUCGCCGCGCACCGCUCAGGACCGUCAUCUGCCGACCGCCGCCACAACCGCGACAGCCUCUUUUCAAACAUGGCCGCUGCACUCUUCUCUUCUGGGCUACUCGCGAAUAUCGUGCUUCUGAUUGGCUCGCAUCAGACGCAGGACGCGAACAGAGAAGUGACGUCACGCCGAGCGCGGGACGGCAGCGACGAGGAAAUAAUAUUGUUCUCUGCUUUUCAGGCUAUCGCUUUGAUCGCUUCACGCGCACUUGGAGUGACGCCUUAUCGUUUGAAGGCAUGAAUGAACGAAUCAACUGUCAAAUUUUGAGAUCACAGUGACGCAUUAUUUGACGUGAAUUAAAAAGAUCCGGGAUCGCCCUUGAUUGUUUUUUUUUCCGUUUUUUCGCGUCGGUAUAAUUCAGCUAAUCAGAAUAAAGAAGUGAUUAUUCUUGCUCAUAUAACUUCAUCAGCGCUUGCAGAAGCAGUUUUUGCGCUUGGAAUUCCUGUUUUGCAUUGUCGAGCGGACGUCCAGCCCAAGCCCAUAUCAAGAGGCGCCGGAACCGCGACGGCUAAUAAAAACAAACAACGCCUGCCUUUAUGGCAGCGCAUAUUGCACACCGAUAAAAGAAAUAAAUAUUGCGAACCUAACAGAAAUGUUUGUUUUAAAUAAUUUUUGGAGGAAUACAAAAAUCGAAAGUUGCGAUUUCUCCUUGGAUAAAAUAAAUGCGUUUCCGAGAAGUGGAUUAUUUAUUUUUCCCUUUUUUUUCCUGCCGAGACAGUUUGAAUCGUGAGAUGACAAUUCGAAACACGAAAGGUAAAAGGCCUUUUCGUGCUUUGGCGCUUUAUUUGUUUGUUGUGCGACGCGUCAGACAAAAGUAAAAGUGCGGAAUCAAAAACGGCAGAGAAGCGAGAACAACAAAAAGCAGAGCAGCAGCUGUCGCGUCUUCACCGAUGAAUGAAAUAAUGAAAUGAAUAUAAAUGCGCCGCUCGCUCUUGGCCCCGAAAUUCAAAUGAAACAAAGCAUCCCAUCCGUGCGCAAUUUUAUUGUCGCACUCGCAGCGAAAUUAAGCCGUGAAACUCUUUCUAAACGGCGAAGAAUCGAAAUUAAAUAGAGCACAUUUUACUCAAAGCCGCAAAUUACUAUGGAGAUUUUCAUUUUGAAAAUUUAAUAAAUUAAAGUGAGCUGAUAAAAAUAGAAUUAAUUUCGUUGUUUCAUAAAUUUUUAUUAAGUCGAGUUGGAUGAUUUGCGUGGAGAGGUUGGCAGGUGGAAAGAAAAGAGAGGCGAGAGGUGACGGGGAAGAAAGAAAGAAAAGGGAUCGAUUGCGAUGAGAAAAAGGUUGCGAUGAGGAGAGGAGUGAAAGGGUCGGCUAUAAAUCGGUGCAGCGGCCUGCGGCGCCGCAUCCCGGCCCCGACUCCUCCGCCAUGCACACCGCUCUCAUCCUCCUGGCCGCCGCGGCCGCCUCCGCAGCCGCGGCCGCCCCCAGCAUGCCUCAGGCGCGUCGAGUGUGGAAACGCGGCGCAGGCGGCUCGUGGGAGCAGUUGGCGCUGCUGGCGUCGCUGAACCCGUACGCGGCGCUGCUGGGCGGCGGCUCCGACCUGCUGCACGCCGACGCGCUGGGCCUGGGCUCGGCGCCGCCGCUCUACGGCGCCAACCAGCCCUUCGGCCACCACUUUGGAGGCCAGCACUUCGGCGGCCAGCAGUACGGCGGCCAGCAAUACGGCGGCCACCAAUUUGGAGGCCAACAAUUCGGCGGAAGCGGCGUCCAAGGCUACAGCGGCCUCGGCCUGCUCAACGUCGCCGCCGCGGCGCCGCUCGCCUUCAACCCCUACUUCGCCCGACCCCCGCAGCCCCCCGUCCACGCCCACCGGCCCCUCGACCCCAAUGACCAGCUCGACAAGGCCAUCAGCGCAUACGUAAACCAAGGCGAGUUGCUGGCGGCGCUGGCGAAGAACAAGGCGGCGACGGAGGCUGCCGGCGCCGCGGACAAGGCGGUGAACGCGUACGCGCAGACGGCGAUCCUGAGCACGCCGGCGCCGCUGCACGUGGUGGCGUCGACGCCGGCGCCGACGCCCGCGGCCGCGACGCUGUCCGAGGAGCCGUUCCGCCCGUCGCAGCCGCACCCGAACGAGCCGUCGCGGCUCAGCCUCUACCCGCAGCACCAGCACAUGACCCUGGCGGUGCCGGCGACGCCGGCGCCGCCCUCCGCUGCGCCACCGUCCCUGAAGACGCUGUCCGCGUCGUACGCCGUGGCGCCGACCGCGUCGCCGCGCUACCCGGCCGCCACGCACCCGCUGUUCGGCGCCUACGGCACCGCCUUCCCGCCCCCGGCCGCCGCCGCCGCCGCCUACCGCCCCCACCACCAGCCCUACUGAGAGGGAGGGAGCCCUGACAAUGAGUGAGAGGAGCCAACCCUGAAUCAAAAGUCUGCGCCACACUAGUUCCCUUUUUUCUACCACCACGUUGUUUAAUAAAAAGAGAAAAUCUAAA